CCUCGCAGAAGCGAUCCGCGCGCGCGGCAGUUCGUCGGCGCCUCUCGUCCGUCCGCAGCAACUCGUCCGUCCGACCGACCGAGCUGACAGAACAAGCGAGACACUCUCGGCAGCAUGCGUCUGCUCGCUGUGGCCGCCCUCGUCGUGCUCGCGGCGGCGGCGGCGGCCGCCUCCUCCGCCUCGGCGCUCACCUUCCAGCAGGUGCUCGCCCUCACCAACACCGGACACCGCAUCUCCGACGACAUCGACGUCGACCCCUGCAAGAACAGGCGUCAGGACGAAGAUAUCGCGCUUCCGAACAUCCAGCAGGACGAGCAGUUGGCCCGCCAGAGGGAGGAGGACCAACUGCGCGCCACCCCUGACGACCCCUUGUCUCCACAUCAUCACCAUAACUCAUCCGCCGCAGCGCGUUCGAAACGCCGCCGCAAGCACAAAAAUAAGUCAAGACAAAGGCACAAGGGUCGUCACCGUAAAGGCAAACUGGGUCGUUCCCAGCGAGCGGCGACGGCCCGCAAGGAACGCGUUUGGGAGCACGGCGUGAUCCCGUACGACAUCGACACCAACUUCAGCGGCAGCCACAAGGCCCUCUUCAAACUGGCCAUGCGCCACUGGGAAAACAGGACGUGCGUCAAGUUUGUGGAACGCAACCCUGACGAGCACCCCAACUACAUCCUAUUCUCCGAAAGACCCUGCGGUUGCUGUUCGUUUGUCGGGCGCCGAGGAAACGGCGUUCAGGCGAUUUCCAUCGGCAAAAAUUGCGACAAGUUUGGCAUCGUGGUUCACGAAUUGGGCCAUGUUGUUGGAUUUUGGCACGAACACACCAGACCUGACAGAGACCACCAUGUGGCCAUCGUGAGGGAAAAUAUUCUCACAGGUCAGGAAUACAACUUUAACAAAUUGACGUCUGAGGAAGUUCACUCCUUGGGAUUACCUUAUGACUAUGACUCCAUUAUGCACUAUGCGAGAAACACUUUUUCCAAGGGUUCUUACUUGGAUACUAUUUUACCUCUGGAGCAAAUGCCGACCAAGAAGAGACCGGAAAUUGGCCAGCGCAUCCGACUCAGUGAGGGCGACGUUUCUCAGACAAAUUUGCUCUACAAAUGUCCAAAGUGUGGCAGAACGUUCCAAGAUAGCUCUGGCGCAUUUCAAUCUCCUCAGUUUGGCAGCCCCAGUCCGGCGGAUACGCCGGAAAAGUGUGAGUGGCGAAUCACCGCCACCCACGGCGAACGAAUCGUGCUCAACAUCACCGACAUGGACAUGCCUUACACGGAUGACUGCAGACAUGACUACAUCGAAAUACGCGACGGAUACUGGAUCAAAUCACCGGUUAUAGGAAGGUUCUGCGGAAACAAGCCUUUAGAAUCUGCCAUUACAUCUUCAGGAAGCAGGAUGUUGAUCGUCUACAUGACAUCAGGUCGUCUCGGUGGCCAAGGAUUCCAGGCGCAUUAUGAAGCUGUGUGUGGUGGCGACCUGGACAUGGAAAAGGGCCACCUAGAGUCACCAAACUUCCCUGAAGACUACCCAGCCCUGAAGGAGUGCGUGUGGCGCAUCUCGGUGCCCGAGAACUUCCAGGUGGCGCUCAAGUUCCAGUCGUUUGAGAUCGAGAAGCAUGAUAACUGCGUGUAUGAUUAUCUAGAGGUGCGGGAUGGUUCCUUUGAAAACUCAACCCUGAUAGGCAAAUAUUGCGGACACAAACUACCCACUGAAAUCUUGUCCACCGGAAAUAAACUGUGGAUCAAAUUUGUCUCGGAUGGCUCUGUGCAGAAAGCUGGUUUCUCAGCCACAUUUAUGAAAGAGUUUGACGAGUGCACAACAAGCACGGAGCAAGACUGCGAGCAGAUUUGCAUCAACACUCUAGGUGGCUAUUACUGCUCCUGUAAAAUAGGCUACGAGCUGCACUCCGACGGCAAACGCUGCAUUGACGCUUGCGGAGGACUGUUUGCUGUGCCCAAUGGAACAAUCACGAGUCCCAGUUUCCCGGCACUCUACCCCAGCAACAAGCAUUGUUCUUGGGAAAUCCACGCGCCUCCGCAGUACAAGAUCACCUUGAACUUUACACACUUCGACUUGGAAGGGAACAAUCACGAUUGUGAGUAUGACAACGUUGAGGUGCAAAGUAUCCACUCCAACAACGUCGCUCGGACGCACGGUGUCUACUGCGGAAACGUCCGUCCUGAAAUGGUCACUUCCGAGACAAACAAAAUGCGAAUUGAGUUUUCCACCGACAACUCUGUGCAGAAAACUGGAUUUGCUGCCGUAUUUUUUACAGACAUGGAUGAGUGCUCGGUGAAUAAUGGAGGAUGUCAACAUGAGUGCAAGAACCUCAUCGGGUCGUACGAGUGCAGCUGCUACAACGGCUUCAUGCUGCACGAUGACCAGCACAUGUGCAAAGAAGGCGGAUGCAAGCAUGAGAUAGACAGCCCGCACGGCAACAUCCACAGUCCAAACUACCCCGAGUACUACCCUAGCAAGAAGGAGUGCGUCUGGAAGUUCUCCACCACGCCGGGUCACAGAAUAAAAUUGGCAUUUAAAGAAUUCGAGAUCGAGCCGCACCAGGAAUGCACCUAUGACAACGUCGCUUUCUACGAUGGACCAGGCGAGGAUUCGCAAACUCUCGGUCGCUUCUGCGGCUCCAAAAUUCCGCACCCCAUUGUGGCAAGCAGCAAUGAAUUGUACAUGGUCUUCAAGUCUGACGCUUCGGUGCAGAGAAAGGGAUUUUUGGCCGAGCACAUGACAGUUUGCGGAGGUACUUUGCGCGCAACAACAGACGUUCAGCACAUUUACUCACACACAAAGUUUGGGGACCAAACCUAUGACAACGCCAUUGACUGUGAGUGGACAAUAAAGGCGCCUUCGGGCUACGUAGUGCAGCUGCAGUUCAUCACUUUUGAGCUCGAGGACGAAAACGACUGUUCGUAUGACUCGGUGCAGGUGUUUGCUGAUGAAGAUUCCGGCCACUUUUUUGACAAAUACUGUGGGCCACACAAACCAGAGGACAUUUACUCAACCAGAGAAGAGAUGGUCCUGCGUUUUAGGACGGACGACUCGGUUGUGAGCAAGGGCUUCUCUGCCUCCUACCAAGCCGUGCGCAACAGCAUUGGCGACUGAAGCAAAUUCUUUGAGUGAAGAUUUGAAAAACAGACUUUUUGAUGCAAAAUGAUCGCGCAAGUCAGAUUUAUUCUCUCAUUAUAUACGAUCAUUGUCAAUAUAUUUACUGUGUUUAGAGGUAUAUUGUGGUUAAGUCAAAAAAGUAAAUAUGAUUGGAUGGAAUGAAUGAAACAAAGACAAGAGACUAUUCUGUAUUUAAAAGAUACUGAGAUUGUCCAGGACACUUAUAUACUGAACUAUGUCGUUGCAAAAAUUAAGUUGAAAGAGCCGCCAGAAUUACUUAACCUGCCGGAGGGGCUGCCAAGGAAAUUGUAAAAGCGCCAAAAAUAGAAAUUUUUUAUAUUUUGAGAAGAAUAAUCAUGUGGUAAUUGUGUAGGUGUUGCUUAUUAAUUGCUGUCACAAAAAAUGAUAUCUUUUAGGUGUGUUGUUUGUAUAUCAGCUUUCAGAAGAGGCGAUAAAAGUUACACACCGCCCUUUCAGCCGCAAUUCCCUAAUGGUACUUGUGUUUGCAAUAUUUUAAUAAUUUAAUUAAUGUAUUUAGAAAGCCAAAAAUAGUGAGAUAUAUCACGUUGCAUUUUUUCUUAAUAGAAUGUGUUCAAUAGCAUUGAAAAUUAACGCCAAGGGAAUUGCUGCAAUAUUUUUUCUUAUCAAAUGACAACAGUGCCAUUUUUUUAUGAUAAUAGUAUAUUGAUAAAAAAAUUCUGUAUACCUCUUAAUUAUUUUACUUCUCUCCCAAAGCAAAGAGGAGAGAAUUCAAGUAUAUUACAUGUUGUAUGCAAAAGUUUUAAAAUAUCGACAAAAAGUUUUGGCCAAUUUUUUUUUUUUUAAUCUGUGUAUGAAUGGACCUUAUUCGAGUCGGAGAGGCAAAACAAAAAUAUAUUAGUGUAAAUAUUUAUUGCUGUUCAUAAUUCAGAAUUUUGUAAUGCUCUAGAGCGAGGUCAGUUCCCAUCUCGCAUACUGCCAAAAUCUGUUAAAUUCACGUAAAGAAUGCAGUUUGAAACUAAGGUGUGUUGAAUCAUUCAAAAUACUGAUAAUAAGAUGGAAUAAUCCAAAAUCUCAUGUUGUACAUAUAUUGAAGAAUAAAAUUCAAAAUGAUCUUCUUGUUUAAA